UAACAAUUGUUUGUUAUGAUGUUUCCUUUAAGGCUGCGCCUGCUUAGGCAAUUAAAUUGCCAACAAUUGUACGCUAAGCGCACAUUUACUAAUAAUAAUCUUCUGGAGCUCAAUGAACGCGGUUUCUUUCAAAGCAUAUUUCCAGAUACAGCGGCUCCAAAGAUGAAGAAGCUGUUCCAGAGCGCACCACAGAGCAUUUAUGCCGGCUUUGAUCCUACGGCGGACAGCUUGCAUGUAGGAAACUUGCUGGUUAUAAUGGGUCUGCUGCAUUGCCAACGCGCUGGACACAAACCCAUAGCUUUGGUAGGCGGCGCUACUGGACUGAUUGGUGAUCCCAGUGGGCGCAAGACCGAACGUAAUCAACUAGGACAGUCAAUACUAGACGGUAAUCUGGCAGCCAUACAAAAACAAUUGCUUAAAGUAUUUGAAAAUCACGAAGCCUGCCUCUGGGAUACGAGCAAACAUAAAGCUCCAUUGGCGCCGCUAACAAUUGUUAACAACGCUGAGUGGUAUGCCAAUUUAAACCUUAUAGACUUUAUUGCCAAUAUGGGCAGACACUUUCGCAUGGGUUCUAUGCUAUCGCGGUCUUCUGUGGAGUCACGCUUGGAGUCCGAGGACGGCAUGAGCUUUACCGAGUUUACGUAUCAGAUUUUCCAAGCUUAUGAUUGGCUGCAUUUGCUGCGCAAGCACAAUUGUUGCUUUCAGAUGGGCGGUUCCGAUCAAAUGGGCAAUCUGAUGACAGGACACGAGCUCAUAAGUCGCGUGGAGCGAAAACGUGAAGUCUUUGGUAUGACGCUGCCCAUUGUUACCAACGAGGAGGGCGAUAAAUUUGGCAAAUCCGCUGGCAAUGCAAUCUGGCUGGAUGAAAGCAAAACCUCGCCAUUUGCUUUAUAUCAAUUCUUUAUGAGGAUGCCUGACUCUGAGGUAGAGAAGCUUUUAAAACUGUUUACUUUUAUACCGUUGCCUGAGGUGGCGCAGCUGAUGCAAGAACAUGCCAGGGAGCCAGAGAAGCGAAAAGCGCAGACAUUACUGGCGGAGGAUGUUACACUGCUGGUGCAUGGCGAGUCGGGAUUAAAGCAAGCAGAGCGUGUAACUAAUGCCUUGUACAAGGGACAAGUUGAUGGCCUAGCUGAGUUGAACUAUGCGGAGAUUAAGCAAACGUUCCAAGGCGCUACUGUGGUGGAUUUGCUUAACGAACCCGGCAUGUCCAUACUACAACUAGCCAUGAAAGCCAAAUGUUUUCCCACCGAAAACGAUGCUGUGCGCAUUAUUAAUGCUGGUGGCUUCUAUAUCAAUCAGAAGCGUGUGCAGAACAUUACGGAAGUCAUCUCCACAGGCAUACACAUACUACGCAAUGGUAUUUCCUUGCUGCGUGUGGGCAAACGCAACUUUUAUAUUGUACGCUGGCAAUAAGUAAGUGUUAAAUUUUAAAUAAGUU